AAAAGAGAAAUCAAAGAACUGGUAACCAAACCCUACUUUCGUUGCCAAAACAACCCUAGUUUAGUUCCUUUUUUAUAUCUAUAAAAAGAAUAGCAUAACCAUAGUUUAUCCUUGAGUAAAUGUUCAUCAUCACUCAUCUCUGUGAGCUUUCAUUUUCACUCACUUCAAGCUCUUUCCAUAGUUUACAGCCAUAGAAGCAACAACAAUGUGGAGAUCAAUCAUAAUUUUCACUCUAUUCGCCUUUCUUUUCUUCCCUAUUUCAGCGACGACGAUAACACUCUACAACAAAUGCUCACAUCCAGUUUGGCCAGGGAUUCAACCCAGCGCCGGCAAGCCAAUUUUAGCCCGCGGUGGAUUCAAACUCCCACCAAACAAAGCCUACUCCAUGAAUCUACCUCCGUUAUGGUCCGGUCGGUUCUGGGGUCGACACGGUUGUUCCUUUGACGCCUCGGGUCACGGCCGUUGCGCGACAGGUGACUGCGGCGGUUCCUUAUUCUGCAACGGACUCGGCGGAACCCCACCCGCUACGUUAGCGGAAAUCACCCUCGGCCAACAACAAGAUUUCUACGACGUCAGUUUGGUGGAUGGCUAUAACAUCGCUAUGUCCAUUACACCUUUCAAAGGCGCCGGUAAAUGUAGCUACGCCGGGUGUGUUAGUGACUUGAAUUUAAUGUGCCCCGUCGCGUUACAAGUGAGGAAUAAUAAACAAGUGGUGGCUUGUAAAAGCGCUUGUUUCGCUUUUAAUUCACCGAGAUAUUGUUGUACCGGCAGCUUCGGCAGUCCUCAGUCGUGUAAACCGACGGCGUAUUCGAAGAUUUUCAAGACUGCUUGUCCUAAAGCUUAUUCUUAUGCUUACGAUGAUCCGACCAGUAUUGCUACUUGCUCUCGCGGCAACUAUUUGGUCACUUUUUGCCCACACCGCCGCUAGAAUUUUUUAAGGCUAAAUUAGCAUUGUAUUUGGGUGUUAUUGUCUACUUUUUUGCUUUCUCUUAUCUCUUCGUACACUAUAUUGCCUGUUCUGUAAUGGAGUUUUUAUUAAUAGAAACAAUGUUAUUAUA